AUCUGCGGGCCAAUAAUGAACAUAGUACAAAUAACAUUUGUAGGUAAUUUCGUAACAUUUAUAUGAUAGCGUUAUAUCAUUUUUAAUAAGAAGAAUAAGUUUGCUAGAUAACGUGUUUCUGGUCGCUGAGUUGAUCGACAGAUUUGAACGCUUCGGUAGAUAAUUAACAUAUUAAUCCGUAUUCGUCAUGAUGGCCACUGAAUUUGAGAUCGUCAUACUCUUCAUUCUUUCGGCUGUAGCAUCGUCGAGCUAUAGAGAUCCAACGCCCAUAACUCGUGUAGGCAAACUUAUUGUCGACACUGAUGCUGGUGGCGAUGAUGCAGUUGCCCUUAUAAUGGCAGCUGAAUCCGAAAAACUCAACGAGGGACCAAAGCUAAUUGCCAUCACGUGUGUAAACGGAAAUGCUGAUGUUGAUAGGGUUGCUGUCAACGUUUUAAAGACCCUAAAGAUCGUCCAGAGACUCGACAUUCCUGUUUACAAAGGUGCCUCGCAUCCUGUAAUGUUGCCUGUUACUUACGAUUACUAUUAUGGCAAAGAUGGAUUUGGAGAUUUCCAUUAUCCUGAACCUCCUUCAACAACCCUCAUCCAGACGAAGCAUGCGGUAAUAGCUAUGAUCGAUCUUGUCAAAGAGUACCCAGGCGAGGUUACGCUUUUGGCUUUGGGUCCGCUGACAAAUAUUGCCCUAGCAAUUAGAAUGUAUCCGGAAUUCCUUGAAAAGCUUCAGCAGCUCAUAGUUAUGGGCGGAAGCACCGAAGGUCGUGGUAACAUGAAACCCAGUAUCGAAUUCAAUUUUUUUGCUGACCCAUCCGCCAAUCACAUCGUCCUAUCAUCCGCAUCAAAGCCCAUAACAUUGGUACCUCUUGAAACUACGAAGAGGGCUCGAGUUGAUACGGAAUUCAAGAUGUCAUUGAACCAGACAAAUAACAUGAAAUUUUGGUUAAUUCAUCAAGCGGGCAACUCCAUUUCAAAACCAGUCACUCCAUUAUGGAACUCUCCAGAUGCAGUGGCAGCUGCAGUGGCUCUGACUUCCGGAUCGGUCAUCACUAGAAUGGAGGCUUGCUAUUCUGAAGCUGUCUAUGAGGGAGUGAAAACUGCGGGAAUGAUAUUAGUCGACUAUACGAAUAUUACUGACAAUGUGGCCAAUAUAAAUCUUGUUCAGGAUAUCGAUACAGGAGCUUUAAAACAACUUUAUUCUAAUUAUCUCAAAUGAAUGCAUGUACAUUCUUGCCAAGAACUCUUCAGCUGUUGAACGAAUCUCUGCUUAUCGUUAACGAUCGGUACAUGGGGAAGAUCAUUUUGGAAUUAAAUGGCUGUGACAGCUGUAAAUGAAUAAAAUAUUCAAAAUCGUAAUAAUCUA